AGUUAUAUUGUGGUUCUGGUACCUCUCUCCAUGUGUCUUGUCUGGGAACCAACCAAUUGACAAUGGAGGCGGCGCUGAACCUGUGUUCAUUGUUUCCAAAAUAGGACAUGCAGUGUCACUUCUUGUUAGCCAAUCAAACAUUGUCUUCACUCUAAGAGUAGAGAACAUUUAGAGGUUCUCUACAUUCAACAAGAUAUUUUGAACACGAUGACAUCUCUGAAGUUUGCUUUAUUUCUGACUUGUCUGUUCUUGGGGAGAACAGCUCUGGCAACUAAUCCUAAAUCGUCCUUAUCUGUACACCAAGAGAGUGGAUUUUUAUCAGCUAAUGUUGGUGACAACGUGACUUUGCAAUGUUUCUAUGAAGGUGAUGUAGCAGCGAUGUUUUACUGGUAUAAGCAAACUCUGGGACAGAAACCACAGCUCAUCUCUAACUUCUAUAAACAUGAUACAAAAGGCACUUUUCAUAACGAGUUCAAGAAUGAUCCUCGCUUCACAUUGGAAACUAAAAACGGUAAGAAUCACUUGACAAUUUCUGAUUUACGUAUUUCAGACUCGGCUACUUACUACUGCAUAAGUUGCUAUUCAUACAAGUUUGAAUUUGCGGAGGGAAUUACUGUCAAUAUAAAGGGUUCAGGUUUGAACAUACAAGCUCUGGUCUAUCAGUCGGCAUCUGAGAGCAUCCAGCCAGGAGGCUCUGUGACUCUGAACUGUACAGUACACACUGGGACCUGUGAUGAUGGAGAACACAGUAUUUACUGGUUCAAAAACUCUGAAGAAUCUCAACCAGGACUCAUAUACACACAUGGAGGCAGGAAUGAUCAGUGUGAGAGGAACUACACACAAACAGACACCUGUGUCUACAACUUGCCAAUGAGUCUGAAUCUUUCUCAUGCUGUAACCGACUGUGCUGUCGCCUCAUGUGGACAGAUACUGUUUGGAAACGGGACCAAACCAAAGGAUGAGGUGGGCUCUCUUGAUUCUCUUGUGUAUUUCUUGAGUGGAGCUUUGGCGUUCACCACCAUCCUGGUUAUUUUACUGGCUUUCUCAGUGUGCAUGAUGAACAAGAAAAACGGCUGCCAAUGUGGAGAAUCUGAAAGAAUUUCAGCUUCCGCCCCAACAAAUGGAGAGGCUUAUCAAGAUGCAGACAACCUCCAUUAUGCUGCUUUACGGGAUCACAAGGUCAACCGACCGAGAAGGCAGAGGGACGACACCUCGAGUCAAUGUGUGUACUCCAGUGUGAGGCAGUAGAACUGGACAGGUUUCAAUACUCUGUUUUUCUGUAAGAUAUCAUUUUGUUAACAUCUGCUUUAAGAAGUAAUGUAGAUUUUCUUAAAAGAGGAAAAGUUUUGUCCACAUCAUUUCAAAUACUUGCAAUUAGUGUAAAGACUUGGGUUGCAGUAAACUACUUCCUGUCUGAUGUUUUUUAAGUGUUGUCAGAGGUUUAAGGCCAUAUUUCUACUAUCACUUUGUAUCUGAAAACAUGAUGCACCACUUAAUUUUACCAAGAAGAACCUUCACCAUGGACAAUGUAAACAGACCACAUAAUAUUUUAUUAAAUUGACUGCACAUAACAUAGAAUAUUACAUCUAGGAAAUAUCUGUUAUUCUUUACAUGUUUUUUGUACAUGUUGCUACAAACCCAGUGAUUUAACAAUCUUUUUAUAGCUUCCGUUGUGGUCUGCAGUCAGAAGAUGAGAUCUCUGUAUGCUUUGCUAAGAGUCAGUCAUAUGUAUGAUGAAAACUCUGCUCUGUAUGGUUUCAAGCAGGAUGUCUCCACAAUCUUACUUUGUUUUCUUCCAAAGCAACUACCGUGUGCAUUUAUAAUCUUUAGAUUGUUUAAUACAUAAAUGAUUUUUCACAAUGAAACCAGUAUAUUUAAGAUGCCAGGUUCACGGAUGUUGUACAAAUGGAGGAACAUAAUGUAA